GGAAGAAAAACGAAAAAAGAACUAAACUUUGGAGUGGAAUUGAUAAUUUGAUACUACCCAAGUUGGCUUCGAGCUUCCUGGUUCAAACGAAACCAAGGGCUUUGACUGCUACACAUUGUGCUCCUAUUCUUUCUGAAAUGGGUUACAUACAGGAAGCGCGAGAGAAUCAUGUGAAGAAGAAAGUAGAAGAAGCUCUGCGCAGCAAAAUGAAGCAGAAGGCGUUGAAGGAGUGCGAUCAUUACGCUUCCAGAUAUGCGGAAUGCGCUUAUGGCAGAACGUUAUCCGUCGUCUGGAAAUGUCGCAGUCAAGCUAAAGAAUUGAACAGUUGCCUUCAUCAAUACACUAACGACACCGUUCUGGAAGAGAUGAAGCGAGACUACGCGCUUCAACAAGAUGGGAAGUCAUGAGCUGUCCUGCUAUGUGGUCAUUUUCAGGUCCACUUUUAGAUUAUGCUGUGUUUAUUUGUCACUUGAGGUUGAGGCUAUUGACAAUGCAAUAUCAAGAACUGAAUGAAAGUUGAGGCUUUUUGCAUUUUGUGAUGGACAGCCAAAGGAAUUGUGGUUUUUUCCAUAAGAAUUAUAGAUGUAUUAAUUAUCUCUUCAUGUAUAAAUUUAAGAGCUGUUCUUCAUCAAACCUUUUGCCAGGCAAAUUUCUUCCGGGAAUGGGUUGUCUUCGGAAUAUAAUUCUUGAUAAAUACUAAA